AUGGCGCCUCAUGAGAAAAGCUCGCUCAAACGCGGAAUGCCCAGCGCAGAUGCCGAUUCGCAAGACUUGAAGAAACCACGGCGCUCGCAAAGAAUCUUGGAUCAAAUUCCGCCACAAGAGACACCGGUCGAGCAUGAUUAUCUACCAACCCCACUGACCCAUCGGCAUUCGACCACGACGGAUAUCCGCCACGAAGUGACCGCGACGCCGCCGGAGAGUCCGAGCCAGGCCCGCCCGCAAACCCCGUCCCGCUCGGUGGCACCACAGGUCUUUUCGUCGCCGCCAGGAGAUACGCAAGCGCUAUCGCAGUUUGUUUAUCCACCGCGGGCGUUCGCGGAUGAAGUGGAAGAUGAAGGUGCUGAGGGGGUUUGGGGCUACCUCAUACCACUGGAUGAGAAAGUAAGCGGGCCACUGGUGUUGAGGAAGCGCGAUAGCUGCGACAUCCGGGAUGGUGCGGCCAAAUCCAAAACGGACAAAAAACUCCAGGCUCGCAAACAAGGGAACGGUCAGUCACCUGGGGGCUAUCUAGUUGGCCGUCACCCAGAAUGUGAUAUGAUGAUCAACAUUCCGACAAUCUCGAAUCGGCACUUCCUCAUCUUUUCUGAGAAAAGACAUGGCGAUACGGUCGCCAUGCUGGAGGACCUGUCCAGUAACGGAACGUUUGUCAAUGAUGCCAUCGUUGGGCGGAACAAGCACCGCGAGUUGGAGGACCGGGACGAAGUUUCCAUCUUGAAUGAAGCCCGGUUUGUCUUCCGCUAUCCACGCACACGGGACACCAAUGGUUUCCGCCAGCAAUACCGAAUCCUCCAGCAGCUCGGAAAAGGCCAUUUUGCCACGGUUUAUCUGUGUAUUGAACGAGCCACUGGAACACGAUACGCAGCCAAAGUCUUUGAGAAACGCCCCGGGGAAUCUCAGAAGACACAGACGGAUUCCCUGCAGCAGGAGAUCGCCCUCCUCAUGGGAGUCAACCACCCGAACCUGCUCUGUCUGAAAGACACUUUUGACGAGAGUGACGGUGCUUAUUUGAUUCUCGAGCUGGCUCCUGAGGGUGAACUGUUUAAUUUGAUCGUGAGCAAGCAAAAGCUCAGCGAGGCGGAAACUCGCCAUGUGUUCCGUCAACUUUUCGAGGGAUUGAAAUAUCUGCAUGAUCGAGGAAUUGUGCAUCGAGACAUCAAGCCAGAGAACAUCCUCGUUGCAAACAAAAAGUUGAAUGUCAAACUGGGGGACUUUGGGCUGGCCAAGAUCAUUGGCGAGGAUUCCUUUACGACGACCUUGUGUGGGACGCCGAGUUAUGUCGCGCCAGAGAUUUUACAAGAAACCCGCCGGCGGCGAUAUACCAAAGCGGUUGAUGUCUGGUCCCUUGGGGUCGUUCUCUACAUCUGCCUCUGCGGGUUUCCUCCCUUCUCGGAUGAACUGUACACCCCACAAAACCCGUACACACUGGCUCAGCAGAUCAAGAUGGGCCAUUUCGACUACCCGUCCCCUUAUUGGGACUCGGUGGGCGACCCAGCCCUGGACCUGAUUGAUCGGAUGCUCACGGUGAACGUCGACAAGAGAAUUACGGUGGAUGAAUGUCUCGAUCACCCUUGGCUGACAGAGAAAUACCCCAGUAUGACGGACAGCACGGAUGGCCUCACGGGGGCCCUGGGUAAGCUGGACUUUUCCAAGCGUAAAGUCGAGCGAGAGCGAACCUUACUGAGCAGCGUCAAUGAUGUCCACUUCAGUGAGCAUGUGGAAGGGAGCGGGGCACCAGUCAAGGUCUUCCGCAAGAAUGAUGCUGGCAAGCGCGUUCAUAACCGCCCAGCCAAGAUCUCUCGACGUGAGGCCUCGCCCGGUGGUGACGGAGCCAACGAGUUUAUCAACCUUGGCCAACCGGGUGAUCCCACUUUGUAUGAUGACGAGGCCACCAGUCGGUACACAUAA